AUGCAGCCGUGGACGCAUGAGCAAGCGAAAGCAACGGGACGUUGGCUGCUGGGCAAGGCUGAACCAGUCGGAGAUGACGAGGAUGCGCAUGGGCCAAUGGUUCAGCGCCUACGGUCGAUCCUCAGCGAGCGAUGGGCGGCGCGUUUUGGCGCGCAGACCCGUGGCCACGCCGGUGUGCGGCCACUGGCCUUUGGGCAGCGCGCGGCCGUCCGCCGGCCAGCUCUGCUCGUCCAGGCAGUGUCCAUCGCGGCCGACGGAGACGACGACGGUUGCAUUCCGCUCGCGUGGGCGUGCUUUCGGUCGUGA